GAAGUGUGUGAAGGUAGUUUAAACCAGCUCUGCAUUUGCGUCAGCCGUAAGAACAUAUUUCGAGAGUACACUUUGUUCCGGGGCUUUUAACAUUACUGGAUACAGUGUGAAGAACAGAAGAAGUGUCCGGGAGCAGGACAGGGCGGGAAGUGACAUCAUAUAGCAGAAGCGCAGCAUGGCUCCACAUCCUGUCACCCAGGCCGUCAUUGACCUGUCAGCUGGAGCAUGUGGUGGGACUGCAUGUGUGAUCAGCGGACAGCCGUUCGACACGGCCAAGGUGAAGAUGCAGACGUUCCCCGGCCUGUACAGAGGCUUCGUCCACUGCUUCGUCUCGGUGUACAAACAGGUUGGCCUGCGUGGGCUUUAUCAGGGCACCACACCCGCCCUCAUAGCCAACAUCGCGGAGAACGCAGUGCUCUUCAUGAGCUACGGCUUCUGCCAGAAUGUGGUGCGCUUUCUUUCAGGACUGGACCGAAACACUGAACUCAGUGAUGUCCAGAAGGCCUGCUCCGGCUCUGUGGCCUCUGUCUUCUCCUCUCUGGCUUUGUGUCCCACUGAACUGGUCAAAUGUCGACUGCAGGCCAUGCAUGAAAUGGAGGCAUCCGGCAAGAUCGCCAGCGGACAAAAAAGCACGGUGUGGUCUGUUGUGAGAAAUGUGUUGCGGACAAACGGUCCUUUGGGUUUCUAUCAGGGCUUCACCACCACUAUUGUCCGAGAGCUGCCUGGAUAUUUCUGUUUCUUUGGAGGUUAUGAACUCAGCCGCUCCAUAUUUGCCCACCACAUGGCCACAGACAAAGAGCACAUCGGUGUCGUGCCGCUGAUGUUCAGUGGGGGUUUUGGCGGUGCGUGUCUCUGGUUGGUUGUGUAUCCUAUAGACUGUGUGAAAUCUCGCAUUCAGGUUCUGUCUCUAGCAGGGAAACAGGAAGGUUUCAUCAAGACUCUUAUGGGGAUUUUACGAAACGAAGGAGUGGCGCCUCUGUAUUCAGGUUUGACUCCUACUAUGAUCCGCACGUUUCCUGCUAAUGGAGCUCUCUUUCUGGCUUAUGAAGUCAGUCGCAAGUUCAUGAUGAAGCAGUUUGAUCAUUGAGUCCAUAUCAGUUUUUAUAGCCUUUCUGACUUGUUAUUUUUUAAGUUUCCAUACUGUGUUUUUGUUUACAUGUGUCUUUUACUGAAUCUUUUAAAUGAUAUGCACAAUGAGUGCAGCUUGAAUAUUUUAUAUGUGAGAAAUAAUAAUCAAGGCAGGACACUACAGGAGAAUAGAGUCAAAUAAUAAUACUAUUUUUCCGUGCUUAUACAGUUUUUGUCUUGUUUCUACUUCAAAUAUCUUAAAUUAAGAAUCGUUUUCUAUACAAGAAAGAAAAUCAUCUUGAAUUCAGCAGAAUAGUAGUCAACUUGUAUACUGCAUUUACUGUAUGGUGUGUUGUAUAGAUAGUUGUAUAGUGUGUUGUUGAAUACUGUGUAAGUCUAGUUGUCUUUUAUUAAGGUUUUGUUAUAAAGUACAUGUCUGAACAACUGUGAAAGCUGAACAGCAGUGUGUGUGACAAAUUUACCAUAAUGGACACAAUGUUUUUGACGCUAUAUAAAUUACACUCCUUGUAUUGCA